AGACUAUUUAAUAUUUAUUCCCACCACAAUGGCGACGGCAGUGUCGCAACCCGAAGGCCCGGGUCUUCCCAGCAUCCCGACCUUACUGGAAAGCAUCACGGGAUGUCUCAACACCGUCGGAUCAUCCCUCCCCAAAGCAACCCGCGAUGAGCCCUCCGACGUUUCGAUCGAACCGCCGCAAGAUGGCAUCUCGCUGUUGGACACCAAGUCCGAACUACUUCUCUCCUACAUUCACAACCUCGUCUUCCUGAUGAUCCACGAACUACGUGGACUCUCUGCGAACAAGAGUGACGAUGCCGAAACCGACCACUCGCUGCGGGAGGACAUCGUGAAAAAGCUUGUCGAGCUACGUGUCUACCUCGAUCGCGGCGCACGACCAUUGGAGGGACGGUUGAAGUACCAAGUCGACAAGGUGGUCAAGGCUGCAGAGGACGCUGAGCGGUCCGAGAAGGCAUCCACUAAGGCCAAGGCCGCGAAGGAAGCGGAGGGUAGCGAUGACGAGGAGGGCUCCAGCGACAGCGAAGCGGACAGCGACGAGGACGAAGAGGACGUCGAUGAAAUGGCAUUCCGACCCAAUGUGUCCGCCUUCGCCAAGAAAUUCGAGCCUGCAGAAAAAGCCGACCGGUCUGCCAACCGAGACACUCCCAACGACGGCAUCUACCGACCGCCGAGGAUCAUGCCGACGGCGUUACCCACCACCGAAUCGCGUGAGCGCAAGGAGCGCGGACCCCGGAAAUCGAACGUUAUCGACGAGUUCGUCACGGCCGAGAUGUCGUCGGCUCCGAUGGCAGAACCCAGCAUUGGCAGUACUAUCACGCAUGGUGGAAGACACACGAAAUCGAAGAAGGAGCGGGAAACCGAGGCCGAGCGGACCGCCUACGAGGAAACCAACUUUACCCGUCUCAUGGGUGAAAGCAAGAAGGACAAGGCCAAGAAGAAGGGCGGCAGACCCGAAGCCACAUAUGGUGGAGAGGAAUGGAGAGGUCUCACGGAAGGUGCGGAUCGUAUUUCAAGGCUUACGCGCAAGGCCAAGGGAAGCGGUGGUGCGCUGGACCGAAGCCGCAAACGAAAGACCACGGAAGACGGGCCUCGCGACGACGGAGCUGGAGUUGGUUCGAUCUUCGAAAAGCGACGCAAGAAGGUGGAUAGCUGGAAGCGGUAGCUGUGUUUAUAGACUGUUGGAGAUCUUUGCAUUCUCGAUACCACUGAAAAGUUGAUUGGCAUUUUGUAAGCAGCGUAUACUUUGGAAUUAUUUAUAGUAGAACCUCAUCUUUCAUAACCGAU